AUGGAGAGUGGCUCUGAUAGUGAAGAUGCACUACUUUCUUCAGAUAUUGAAUCUUGCGAAUCAUCAGAAUCUGAUAGCGAUUCAGAUUCAAGUUGUGGCAUCACAGAUGUUAGAGACUGGUGUCAAAUAAAUAUGCAAGAUAUUCCACCAGCUCCUCCAAGAUUUCCUUUUCAUGGAGUCCGGGAAUCAAAACGAAUGAGUUUAUUGCAUGAAUUUUUUAUGAGUUUAUUGCAACAAGUGAAUGAAACAAAUCGUUAUGCUGGGCAGUAUUUAGAUCGAAUUGGACUAACACCAUCGUCUAGAUGUCAAAAGUGGACCGACACAAAUGAAAGCGAAAUCAAAGUGUUUUUGGCCUUAUUACUGCUACAAGGCAUCUUACGAAAGCCUAAACAAAAGUGGUUUUGGACCACAAGGCCAAUAAUCAGCACGCCUUUCAUCUCCAAAAUUAUGUCAGAGAAAAGAGAUAUCAGUAUUGACGAAUCACUGUUGCCUUACAAAGGACGACUCAGCUGGAAGCAGUACAUACCCUCCAAAAGGGCAAGAUUUGGCAUAAAAAUGUUUCACCUUUGUGAAUCAGCAAGUGGUUAUAUUUGGCGUAGUAUCAUAUAUACUGGAAAAGACACCAGUUUCGAUAGUAAAUACAAUGAAUAUGGACUCGCCACGAAGUCUGUAUUGUCACUGUUAGAUCCUCUUUUAGACAGAGGAUACUGUUUAACAGUGGACAAUUUUUACAAUUCUCCUGAACUAGCUGACAUUUUAAUACGGCACAAAACAGAUAUAUACGGAACUCUUCGACCAUCACGAAAAAAUGUACCAGCGGUUUUAAAAGCAACGAAAGUUAAGAAAGGAGACAUUAUAGCUUUCCAGAGAGGGAAGAUGAUGGCACUGAAGUGGACCGAUAAAAAAACAGUGUGUAUGCUAUCAACAGUGCAUAACCCUGCAGUGAUUGAAGUUAAUAAACAAAACAAAAUCGUGAAAAAGCCUUUAGCUGUCAUUGAAUAUAAUGAUACAAUGGCUGGUGUUGAUAAAGCAGACCAGUCACUUUCAUAUUAUCCUUCUGCAAGAAAACAGCAAAAACGUCAUUACAAAAAAAUGUUUCUUCACUUAUUAAAUCAACUUGUAUGGAACGCAUUCGUACUUUACAGUAAAAGGACAGGUACAAUGUCUCAUUUAGAGUUCCGCCUGCAGGUGAUAGAAAAUUUAAUUCAGAUCAAUGCAAGGGAAAGUAAUUACUGUCCUGCACCCUCAGUUGAAAAAAAUAUUUUGCGAUUGAAAGGCCGACAUUUUCCUAGUAGUUUGAAACAGACAGGAAAAAAAAAAGACCCCUGUAAGGAAAUGUGUAGUUUGCAGUAG